AUGCGGCUUCUCUUUCGCUUCUCCGGCGUCGGCCCCGCCGCUGCGCUCGCCUUCAUCGACGAAGACCAGGGCCGCGGCCACGAGGAGGAGAAGCGGCCCGACGAGUCGAGUCUGAGGCCUCUCUGCGACCAGCAGCGGCAGCAGAUCAUCGCGGCCUCGCCGCCCCCGCCCGACGGCGCGGCCACCACCGCAGCAGCAGCAGCAGCAGCAGCCGGGUGCUGCCACCAUCCGCUGUUCAGCCUGCCUCAUGUGGCGUCCCUCCCUUUGCGCUGCAGCCAGUGCCGCGUCAACGUCUCCAGUAGUGGCGGGUCCGAGGAGGGCGUGAAUUCUCUGCAGGCGGGCGCCUUGGCCGGCAGUUGCCAGCACCUCCUGUGCCGCUCUUGUCUCCUGGAGACGUGCCUCAAGCAGAUCGCCACGGGACGGCUCGUGGCCACGGCGGACUCGUUCUACGCCAUCACUUGUCCAGUGGGCCGUUGUGGGGGUACGCUCCUGAGCGACGCCUUUGCCAUCAAGCAGGUGGUGCCCCAUGAAUUCUACGAGCUCUAUCUGGGAGUUGCCGCGCUGUUGUCCGCCAAGCGCCCGCUCUCGUUCGCCCUGUGCAAGUACUGCGCGCGCAAGUGUGCCCUCACGUGGGAGGGCAAGCUCCUCUGCUGGACGUGUAGUUCGCCAAAGACGCGCCGCUCGUGCCAGGAGAAGGAGGGAUGGCUGAGCGAGAAGACCAGGGACGGGUGGUCCCGGCGGUACUUCUUGGCGGGAGGAGCGGACGGCAGCCUGGAGCCGCUGCACCAGGUGAGGGGGAGGGGCGGCGAGGGAGUUCCUCGCGUGGUGGCCCGCCUGCGACAUCUGGCGGUGCGCGACCUGCCCAACCACCCGGCCCAUCGCUACGUGUUCGCCGUCAUCGUGCACCACCACCCGGCCACUCCUGUGGAGCUGCUCCUGGCCGCCGACUCGCUGCGGGAGAAGACCGAAUGGAUGGAGACCCUCGCCAGCUGGUCCCCCUCCGCCCAGGCAGCCAUCGGCCGGCCAUCCGACCCUCGCCUGGGAGGAGGAGGAGGAGCCCUGGCGUGA